AUGACCACACGAGCUGCUGCUCGACAUGCCGUCCGGUCUCAGUACUUCUUUGUGGCCAACGAUGAGGAGGCUUUCUCGGUCUUCGGCCGCCAAGAGGUGCAGGACAUCAAUCCCAUCCGCCAGGUCACUGAUGUGGGUUAUUUGAUCCUGUUCUUGGCCGUGGCUCUUGGGAUGUUCUGGUUGGAUUCCUGUGCGCACUCUUUGGGGAAUGUUUUGCGCCUGUCAGAGCCCAUUGACUACAAAGGAAAUCUCUGUGGCUAUGAUGAAGAGGUGAAGGGCAAGCCCUUGGGCUACCACCCCAAUCCGUUCAACGACAUGGUAAUUUGUGUGUCCUCGUGUCCAGAGACGGCCACCGAUGGCAGCUUCACCAUGCCCGACGGCCCCAUGGGCAAGGACUUCACGCGCCCAGCCUACCCAUCGGCGAACAUCUAUGGGCAGCUUUGUUUGCCACUGGAUCUCUCGUUGGCUCGGCUGAUGAUCUCGGUCAAGAGCGUGCAGACGGAGCUCUACAAAGGCUUAGGGGUGAUUUUCACCUCUGAUGGCAUCCUGGUGGUGCUGAUCGUUCCCUUUGUGACCUCUGCGAUCUACGUGGUCGCUUUAUUCUACAUCCCCACGGCGGCCACUGCGUUGGCCUUGUGCAUCACGGGUGUGACCCUAGCCUUGCUUGGGGUUCUGAUGGACCUGGACAUUAAUGUGAUGAUGGACAUCCCCCUCUUCAAGGAGACCCAUCCUCUCAUGUUGAUGGCCCAUCCCUAUUUCCGCUCCGGCUUCUACCUCGGAAGCCUGGUCUUCUUCUUGGCCCUUGCCAGCUCCAUGUCGGACCUGACCCGCGCGCACGCGGUGUUCCGGGAGUGCGUGGCGGCGAUCGGGGACCCCAAUGUGCUGGUGACCAUCUUCACCAGCAUGGUCCUCUCGGUGAUCCGGAUCAGCUUCAUCCUGCAUGUUUGCAGGAGCCUCGCGCUGCUGAUGAGCAUCGUGACUCCGGUGGAGGUGGAAUUGCAGCUCUUUGGGGAGAUUCAUUGGGUGCCCCGCACUGCGUGGUCGCCGUUCUUCCUCAGGGGUGUUUUCUUCUACAUGUUCGGCACCUUCUGGACCCUAGAGUUCUUGUCGUUCAGCAACAAGUACAUCACCGCCCAGGUGCUUUGUGCCAAUUACUUCCACCUGAAAGCGAGGAACCUGCAGAUGCAGGAGAUCAGCAGCGGCAGGCCGGCGCCCAUCCGCUACGCCCUCUACUCAAUGUUUCGAUUUCACCUCGGAAGCAUUGCCAAGGCCGCUUUGAUGUCGGCUCCCUGCCGCCUGCUGCGCAGCUUGAUCGGCCUUUUUGUGCCCGACCGGCCCAACUUGGACAAGUCACUGAAUCAGCAAUAUCGUAUCGCCUACUACUUGUUCUGGCCACUCAUCAAGAUAGACCUCUACCUACUCCGAUUCUACAAAGAUAGCGUUUUGGUGAUGCUGGCCCUGAAGGGCUUCAAAUACAUGGACUCGGCCAGAAGGGUGGAGGGCCUCAUCAACCGAUCACGUGGGAAGAUUCCCCACUUGACCAAGUUCACCUCGAGGAUUGAAACCUUCCUCAAGGUCAGCGUGGGACUCACCAGCAUGAUUUGGGCCUUCUUUCUUUUUCGUGAGCCACGACGCGGAGCCUAUCACCAAGUGGAAGAACUCAAGUUGAAGGACUCCGUGGCCAACAUGUUUGUGACCCCUCAGCACUCGCCUUUGCUGUCGAUGCCGGUGCUCUUCUUCUUCGGCUUGUGGGUGGGAGAUGGGAUGUUACACCUGGUGACGAUGGCCUCCAACGCCUUGACGAUCUGCUAUUGCAUCGACGUGGAGAUGGUGGGGGGCACUGAAACGGAUGCGCUCUAUGCGCCGCAGGGCCUGAAGUUGGUCUAUCGGGAUCUGGGCGGCGGGGAGUCCGAGCGCGAGCUCGCGGUUCGGUACUUCUUCCGCAGCUACAACGUCCCCGAGGAGAUCGCGGAUAAGUUCUUCGAUUUCCUCGACGAGGAAAAGAGAGGUGAGCUAGACUAUGGCAGGGUGGUGAACUUCCUGCGACCUUUCCUGGAGGGCGCCAUUAACGGUACCCCCUUGACGGCGCGUGACUUGACCAAGGGCAAAGGCGCGCCCGACUACUUGCUGGAGGAAAUGCUCGAUGCGACCGACGAGGGUGAGACCAGGUUAGCGCUGUUUGACCACCAAUUCGAGGCCACCCUGCGGUUGCUGGCUCAGAAAGUCAUUGAUCGCUUCGGGACCACAGCAGCCGCCUUUCGUUUCGUUGAUUUGGAUCGGAAUGGCAUCAUGACGAGGAACGAGACCCGGUACCUGUUCCGCCUCGUGAACUUCCCAGAGGACUUGGCGGACAAAUUCCAUGACUCCGUGGACACCAAUGGGUCGGGGGAGAUUUCGCUGCAGGAGUUUUAUGCAAGUUUGGCACCCUAUGUCGACAUCCAGGAACGCCCCGUGGCCAAACGGGAGGAUUUCGUGCUGAAGCCCGACACGCCAGAGACGCCAGAUGAGGUCCCCUCCAGAGCGGUGAGCAAGGAGUGGACGAAGUUUGUGCAGAACUCCCAGCGAGUGGAGCUGCGUCGGCUGAUGCAGGACAUUGGUGACAAGCUGCAGCUGAAGUUCAAGCACGUGCGCGAUGCAUUCAAGCCCCUGAACCUCCAAAGGCUGGGCCGCAUCACCCGCGCGGAGAUGCGAAGCUUCUUCCGGGGCUUCGGGCAUCCGCAGGAAGUGGCCGACCGAGUCUACGACCUCCUCCAGGACAAGCGUGGGGAGGUGGAAUACGCCGUCUUCAUGUCUCACUUCGAAUCAGUCCUGGGGCGGGACUUUCGGCAGGUCUCCCAGCCGCCGAUCCUGGAGAUGGGGGACUUCUUAGCCAGCCGCGAGGUGGACGGGACGAUCGAAACCUUCAAGCGUUUCUUGAUCACCAAGUGCCGGAACCUGCAGGAGGCCUACCGAGUCAUCGACGGUGACAAGGAUGGGAAGGUCAGCCGCCAGGAGAUGCGGCUCUUCGCGAAGCGGCUGGGCGUGCCGAGCGCGCGCGCCGACCAGCUGUUUGACGCGCUGGAUGUGGAGGGCCUUGGUUCCAUCAACUAUUUGCAGUUCACGCGGCUCUUUCCUGAGACCUGGGAGCGGCCUGAUCCAGGCACCGACAGUCUCGGCGGCGUGACGGUCGUGGCGGCGUUGCCUGGGGCAUGUGGCGGAGGCGAUUUCGGCUGGUUGGGCAGUGCUUUGGGUUCAAGUGAGUGGCCUCCGGUGCCCGCCAUGGGCAUCCUCCGAGCGAGUGAACGUCAUGGCGCUUUGCCACCCCAGAAGGUGGUGAUGCUUCCCACGCGUCCGCAAGUGCAAGUUGGUGUCGUUCAAGCUGAAAGCACUUCAUCAGCACCGUCCACAGUGGCAAGUGCUGGAGUGGUGGUGCCAGACGCGUCUGGCGCGCACCCGGCCGACAGGCGCGAGCGGCGCGAGCAGCGCGAGCCACUCCUGUCGGUCCAACUGCCGGCGGAGCGGCUGGAGCGGCACGGCCCGGUGACCUUCUUCGCGGUGGACGUGCGCUCUGAGACUGGUGCCUGGCGAGUGAUGCGUCGCUACACGGAUUUCUGGAACUUGAAGGAGCAGCUGGGCGUUUGGAGCAACUACAUGCCUGGAGCUCCAUUUCCAAGGAAGCACUUCCUGCAGUGCAAGGGCUGCAAGCUGGAACGCCGGCGAGCGGGGCUGGAGACUUGGCUCCAGAAGGUGAUUUCCAAGCCUCGUGGGCCUCAUCGAGAAUGGAAGCGGCUGGUGGGAAUCUUCUUGGAGUCGAGCCGCCAGACCCUUGAUGCGCCUGUGGCUGGUGCUGAAGAGCUGCUGGUGGAGAUCGAGGUUCCGGAGCACCUGGAGGAAGGCUGAAAUUGGUGCCAGCAAUCAAGAGGGUGGUGCUUGGCACCCAGCUUCCCGGAUUCCCUCAAACCAAAGGCCUAUCGGCUUAUCUCACUGGCCUGAGAGCAUUCGCUGGGUGGCCUUCUCCUCGCUGGGUUUGGGGACAAUGGAGUUGCGGCCUGGUAGAUGGCAAAAACAUGGGGUGACGACCCCUGCCCAUCGAUCGUUCCAGUGCACUACAGCUCCGCUGCACCUUCACACGCACGUCAGCGCUCCGGCCAACGUCAGCGCUCCGGUGUGCCACUCCGUCGCUGACUGCCUCAGGGCAGCUCUUGGGAGUGACCAUGCCCGAUGGCCGCGCCAUGACCCUCCCGGUGCCCAAGGUCCGGCUGAACGGGGCCGAACGGGGAACGCCGAACGGGCCGUGACUGGUUCGAGGUGCUUUUUGAGGUGCCUGGCUUUUGGAACAGAGGAAGUCAACAACAGCUCUGGCCAGGGCGAGGAGGAGCAUGUGUUGUGAAAGGCUAUGAACUUCAGGUGGUGUACUUGCCCCGACCCACCGUCCUUCUAAGCCAACAUAUGCCAGUACCAGCCAUCUCUUCCACCCCGACAUCCACUGAUCGCGUCCAGGGUGCCCCUGGUUCCAAGCUGGAGCUGACAUACAACCCUGGAAGCCAGACCUUGGCAGUGGCUUGAGCGUCAUCCGCGGAUCCCCGGCGAGCUGACUUGGGCUUGCUGAGGAGAGCGGAAAACACCUCUUCCGAUCGGGGCCGCGUGUGUGGCGCUCCGAGCAGCAGAACUGGUGGCCUUUGAAGGAUUUUCAUAGAUACCGUGGAGGUGAUGUUCUUGGGAUGGUCGACAAAAUAGAUUCAAAAAAGAUGCUAUGUGAUGAGCAAUCCAGUCAUUUCAGGCCCUGUGUGGAUGACGGGCAUGAUACAGGGCAGACUAACAUACGGUACAUGUAUACAUACAUCAACACACGGCAGCCAAUAGCUGAGGAUAGGGGGUUUUAUCACAUGCUUCAAACAUGGAAUUGGCUUUCUCACGGCUUUUCUCGCCGCUGAAUCAAACCUGCGACCAAGCGAACCGAAAGCGAGGAGCCAAUAGUGCCCCGUGAAAGAGACGGAAAAAAACGGUCGGGAAG